AUGAAGGUCACCCAGCUUGCCGCCCUCUUCGGAGGUACUGCUCUUGCAGUCCAGCCUCUUGCAUCCCCUCGUGUCGAGCGUGCCCUCACCGAUAUUCACUCCAUGGUCGUUAUGGUCACGUCAACCCAUCUGGUCUCCGAGAUCUGCACGGAUAUUGCAAGCUGCCCUCCUUAUACUACAGCUGCUCAGACGUCUGUCGUCUAUGUCACUGCAACCACCACCAUCUGUCUUCUCUCAUCGACGCCUCCGGGAUAUGGACCACCUGCCACUACAGCUACUCCAUCAUCGGUUGCUAGCUCUGCGUACCCUACCGAGUCUGGGGGCAUCUCUGUCAGCAUCAUCCCAGGGUCUUCGAUCUCUCCCAUUGGUUCCGAAUAUCUCACUGGCUCUGCUCCUCAGACGAGUGCUUUGCCAACAGGCGUCUCGUCAAGCGCCUAUGUCACGCUCCCUAGUGUGAGUGUAAUCACUCGGUCGGAGUCUUACAAUGGCCCUGUCUUUGUUACCAUUACGUCAGUGUACCCUCCACCCGGAUCAAGCGGUAUCAUUGUGGUCCCUUCAUCUACCAUAAUAGAUUCCAUCGUCACGUCUUAUUCCGUUUCUUCGGCUGGAACCAGCUCCAUUGACUCGUCAAGUGGAUACAUUGCACCUCCUGGUGGCUCAUUGGUCCCAUCACAUACCAACCCAGCUCCUGUGGUUCCUGGUAGUUCAGCGGUCUCGUCCGUGCCAUACUCAGACUCUGUUCCCCCUGUUAGCUCAGCAACUCCACCCCACAGCAACACUAAUGAAGUGCCUAGCUCCUUGGUCACCCUGUCUUCACGACUAAGCUCCGGUAACUCAGCUGCUCAUUCAACACCAGGCUAUGUGCCCUCUGGCCCAACUACGCCAUCGAGUAGCAACACAAAUGCCGUACCUACUUCUGCAGAAGCCAGCUCUACUGGCUCACUGUCGAGUGGGUACAAUGUUCCGUCCGGUAGUUCAACUGCACUAUCGAGCUCUUACACAGAUACCGUGCCGACUACCCUCGCAGUCUCACCACCCGCAGGUCCAUCUUCAAGCGGAUAUACAUUUUCAUCAAGCAGCUCUGCUACCCCAUCUGGACCUGCUGGACCGUCUUCAAGUGGGUACGUUGUGCCAUCAGGCAGCUCGGCCGCAACAACAAGCUCCAACACUGCUGCUGUGCCUAGUUCUCUCACGGCCUCUUCGCCUGGUGUCAGCUCCGCCGGACCGUCCUCGAGCAGACUCCCCACAGGCUCCCAGACGGAUGAUUUACCCACUUCCUUUCCGUCUGGGGGCUCCUCGACCAGGUCUGCAUCAGGCAGCUACCUUGCUCCACCCGGUACUGCAACAGGAUCUUCGGGUGCUAUCUCUGGCACGUAUCCAGCUACAAAAUCUGAUACUACUGGUUACCCUGGCUCCUCGUCCCCGACAGGCCCUGAUUCCACCGUCAUCGAAAGCACUAUUAGGAUAACGAGCUAUCAGACGCAGACCUUCACGUCAUACAUCACUGUAGGGCCUUCCUCGGGCGAGCUUGGCAACAGCACGAACCCCAAUACGGACACACAGGCCAUAGCGACAAGCUUCCCUUCAAGUGUCUCCGGUUAUCCCUCUGGAUCUGGUUACCCAUACCCAUCCGUCGGCAUCAACGGCACGAUCGUUGCCCCCUCUCCCAGCUACAUCGAAAUCCCUAUCAACACCGGUCAUAUCGUUAGUGCGGGGAAGAACUCCCUUGCAGCUAUUGUCCUCGCUCUCGUCUUCGCUCAUUUCGCAUGA